AUGUUCAGAACAUCCACACAUGCCUCUCCGUCCAACAUAAUUUCCCGCUCUCUUGCGGCUGCUCGCGUUCAUAGGAGAUUUGCGAGCCAAAAACCACAAGGAUUCCGCCUAGAAGACUACCGCUUCGACCCACGCCCGUCAUGGGUCUACACGUUGUCCACCACCCUCCGGCUCGUCCUCAUCCCUAGUGCGCUCGUCUACGCCGUGUUCUUCGCCGACUUUGGCGAGAAGGAGCACGUCUUCAUGCCCCCACGGCGAUGGUUGGAACGACAGAAGGCUGCGUUUUUCACGCUCUCGCCGGCGGAGCAGGAACUCACUGAGAAGGAGGUAGAGGCGGAUGCUGGUGCAAAGCCUGCUCUGCCAUAA